GAUCGUACGGGGUUAUCAGCAGCUUGCCCUAGCUCUGUCUCGGACUGAGGCGCCACUAGGAAGGAAGCUCGACCGUGGGGUGGAGUGCAGGCGACAAGAGAGAUGAAGAGGUUGAACUCGGGACGUGAGAUGAGGAAUCUCGUGCAGAAAAGAAUGGGACAAAAGUUGUUGGCCCAAGCCGUGGCCAGCUUUUUGGGUUGGCAGGUGCGUCCGAGAGUUGCCGUUAGUGACGGCUGGUGCAGCCACGGGGGGAACAGAGGCCGCUUGGCCGUUGAGGAUGUGGGCAAGAACUGGAACCCUUGAUAAUCUUAGCAGGGCACGACAGGGAGGAAAGACGGGAGCUGGUGCAUGGAUGUGCAGGAUGGCGUCACAGUGGUCUGCUGCACUGCAACCGGGGGACCUGCAGAGGGUGUUACAGCUGGCGGCGUCCAUUGGCUGGCAGGUCCAGCCGCAGGAGAGCAGAAGGCACGCAACUUGGGAACGGGUUAUCGCUCGCAGGCAUUGGCAAUAUCUUGCCGGACGAGACAAGUCUCAGUCAGGCACGGCACGAGAGCCGGAAGGAGUCGCUGUGCUGGCCGCGUUGUUGAUUGCUGGACCCAAAUGGACUGUUCCUGUGGUGGCGUCCACAGGGUGCAUUCCACGCUCCCAAAUGUGCUGCGGGAAAGGGUCGUGCUGGUGCUGGCGAAGGUGGACGGAUGCUGGGCAGCGGCGUGACUGGGCCAGGAAGACGUGAGAAAUUUCUAGACUCACAAUGGAAUGCGUCUUGGCCAGAAGUACGGCGCCAGAUCGCAGGGCGGGCGGCUUACGCAAAGGUUUCGA